AUGAGUAGGUCAUUACCAACAGAAAUAAAUGCACCAGCUAUACUUAUAGUUGGAAAAACAGGUGCUGGAAAAAGUACAUUGGGAAACUACUUAUUAAAUAUUCCUGGAGAAGAAAAUCCAUUCUUUGAUGUUUCAGAUAGUUUUGUAACUACAAAAUUAUCUAAAUUUGCAUUUCUUGAAAUAAAUGAUAAACCUUAUAACGUUAUUGAUACACCAGGAAUUUUUGAUACAAAUGAUAUAAAUGAUGCAACCACGAAAGAAAUCGUACGUACGAUGGUACAUUGUUCUUCUGGAAUCAAGGCCAUAUUAUUCGUAUUUGAAGCGAAACGACUUACUAAAGAACAAAAAGAUGUUAUUGAUGGAAUAGUUACACUUUUCGGAAAGAAAUCAUUACAAUACAUGAUUGCGGUAUUUUCGAAUUGUAAUGCAAAACGAACUGAAGAUACUGAUCAAUUUAAAAUGUCAUGGAACGAAGAAAUUCGUGCCUUUGUUAACUCCAUAGGCUCUCGGUGGGCCAUUUCUCCGAAUUCUGAUAUUUUUCCAUCUGAUCACCCAGUACAUCAAUCGCAUAUUAAUAAAUUGCGAGAUAUCAUUGAUAAAAUAGAUGGUGUAUUAACUAAUGAUAUUCUUGAUGAGAUUCGAAAAGAGCGAGAGGAUGCUGUACGAAGCGCGAAAGAGGCAGAAGAAAGACGGCAAAUAGAAUAUGAGAUGUUAAAAAAGAUAGCUGAAGAAGUAGCUGAAAGAUUGGCAUGUUUAGAGAAGAAAGCAGAAGAUGAUGAAAAAGAAAUUAAAGACAUUAGACAUAUGAUGGCAGAUUCUAUCAAUCUACUUAAAUCGAAAGGUUGUUUCUGGCUAGGAACACGAAUCAUGCUUGCAUCUGGAAGAAUUAUCCAAAUGUCUGAACUCCAAGUAGGAGAUAAAGUAUUAUCAAAUAUUAGGAAUGGCAUUGCUGAAUUUUCUGAAGUUUAUCUUAUUGCUCACAUUGGUAAACUCGAACAUAAAGCCAAGUUUGCUAAAAUUAGAUUCACCAAACCAGAUGGUUCUAAAGAUUUAUCGAUAGCAUUCGCCAAAAAUCUGCAGCCAGGAAAAACCAAAAUAUUAAUAUUAGAUAAUAAAAAUAAACUAACACCAGUUCUUGUAGAUGAUGUUACAAACGAAUGGCAUGACAGAUAUAUUAGUUUUUACACACGAGAUGGUACAGUAAUUGCUGAUGGAGUAUUAUGCUCGUGUUACGAUCAUUGUCCACCAUCUCAAAUGAUCAUGGAUUUGGCUUUUCUACCGAUUCGCUGGUGGACUCUUAUCGUACCUAGUACGCAUCGCGAUGAAAAUCUUCAUCCAUAUGUUCAGUUCUUGGAAACUUUAUACCUUUCAUUUGUUCACUUUAAGAAAUGGGUUGAACAAUUCACUGUACAGAUUUUAUCUGAUCAGAUAAGAAAAGUCUGA